AUGGCUAUUAAGCACUCUCUUCAGCUGUUAGGGAUGCUUGUCUUCCUUAUAAGCUUGUUAGCUCUUACUAAGCCAGCCUUAAUGGAAGAUUGUGAUGAUUACAUCCCAAAUGAUUUUAACAAUAAUUACUUUCCAAAAGACUUCAUUUUUGGGAUAGCCACUUCUACUUAUCAGCUAGAUAAACAACUAAUGCAACAAGUAGAUGAAUUCUUAGUGUUUCUUUUUAUGGUAUUCAGAUCAAAGGUUCAGCAAACAUAUUGGGCAAAUGAAGUGUCUGGGACACAUUUACUCAUAAGCAUCCAGGAAGAUAUACAAAACGUCAAGGAAGAUUUUCGUGAAUAUUCAAGCCUUCUCUUUGAAAAAUUUGGUGACAAAGUAAAGUUUUGGAUGACUUUCAAUGAACCAUGGGCUCUUAGCAGAUUUGCAUACGAUGAUGGAGUUUUUGCCCCUGGUCGAUGCUCAUCUUGGAGAACUAAAAAUGUCAAUAAGAUUGGAAUAACACUUUUUACCUUUUGGUUUGAACCUCUCUCAAAUAAAAAAGCUGAUAUAGAAGCAUCCAGAACAACCCUUGAUUUUAUGUUUGGAUUGUGGAUGGAUCCUAUAACUUAUGGUCACUAUCCAGGGACUGUGCUUGAUUUAGUUGGUGAUAGAUUGCUUAAUUUUACUGAAGAUCAAGUUGAGAAGCUUAGAGGCUCGGUUGAUAAUGUUAACCUCAAAGGUUACUUUGCAUGGUCAUAUUUGGACAACUUCGAAUGGAAUCUUGGUUAUACUUCAAGCUUUGGACUGUACCAUGUAAACCGUGAUGACAUGACAAGAACCCGCAAGCAUUCAGCUGAUUGGUUUGAGAAAUUCCUGAACGUUCAAGAGAAGAAGAUCAUCCCUAUUACUUCAAGGAAUUACUCAAGGAAGGCUGGCAAAUUCCAAGUGAUGUAG